AUGAAGACAGGACAUUUUGAAAUGAUCACCAUGCUGCUGGCAGCUGUGAUCCUAAUGGACAUCUUCCAGGUGAAGGCGGAAAUAUUAGACAUGGCCGAGAAUGCAUUUGAUGAUGAAUACCUGAAAUGCUCUGACAGGAUGGAGAUCAAAUAUGUUCCCCAGCUGCUGAAAGAGGAAAAAUCAAGCCAUCCACUCUUGGAGACUGUGUGGGAAAGUGCAAAAGCCAAAUGGGAAACUCAGAAGACACAGCUUUUUCUCCCCGCGAGUUUUAAAGAGAACCAUGGAAUAGCCCUGACGGCAUAUAUUUCUCAAGCUCAAGAGCAAACUCCCUUUUACCACAUGUUCAACGAGGCUGUGAAUAUGGCUGGCCAAUCUCGAGAAGAUUAUAUAUAUAGUUUCCAGUUCAAAGCUUUUCAUUUUUACCUAACAAGAGCCCUGCAGUUGCUCCGAAGCCCCUGUGAGGAUGCUUACAAAAAGGCGGUGUAUAUUACCAACCAGAGCACCUCGUUUUUCUUCGGAGAGCUGGACCAAGCCAGGUUUGGCCGUUUCACCUUGGCAUACUCAAACAGACCUGAAGCUGUUAAUGACCAGCUUAGCCUGCUAACCAUCAACACGUGCUUCGGAGUGCCCAUUGAAAAAUUUUUGGGUCAAGAAAAUAAAGGAACAUUGUUAAUACCCCUAAACGAAGUGUUCCACGUGUCACAGGAAGAGACUGGCAAUAGCCUUCUCCUCCGGAGCAUGAACAAGACCUGCAGCCAUUAUGAUUGUGCAUUUUUAGGUGGAUUGAAAACUGAAGAUUGUGUUGAGAACAAGGCUUAUUUCCAACCCAUCUAUGUCUACAACCCUGAUGAGAAAAACCAGAAGCUUGAAGACUCUGGUGUGAAAAACCUUGAAACCACCGAAAUACCUGAGGACAAAAGUCAAGGAAAUCUCGACUAUCCGACUCCAGGCCCACUUCCAGUUCCAGGCCCCAAGACUCAUCCUUCUGCAUCCUCCAGCGAAAUGAUCCUUCCACUGUUUGGAACUGUUACAAUUUUAAUCUGUGCUUCUGCUAUAAAUUUCUUUGUUUCUCUGUAA